AUGGCGAAUCAACGGCGAGCGAUGAGGGCAGUGGCUCUCUUGGCAGCAGCUCUGCUGGCUGCUUCUGUGGCCAGCGCCUUCGUGGGUGUGCAGGCCCCCCCGAGCCCAAGAAUCCAGACGCAGCUUCGUGCCGGCGGGGAGUACACCGGCUUUGUACCGGAUCUGCAGCGCCGUCAGCUGAUGAACUUCGUGCUGGUGACCACGGCCGCCAUCCCGGUGCUGGUGGCCCUGGGCUGCUACUUGUGGUACUUCGUGCCGCCCGUGGCCGGCGGUGGCAGCGGUGCGACGCUGGCUGGUGACCAGGACGGCAACCCCAUCACCCUGGAUAGCUGGGUGAAGAGCCACAAGGAGAACGAUCGCGAGUUGGUCUUGGGCCUCAAGGGCGAGCCCUUCUACCUCAUCUCCACGGCGGACAACAUCAAGGACUUCGCCCUGCUGUCCGUGUGCACGCACCUUGGCUGCGUCGUGCCCUGGAACAAGGGUGCCAACAAGUUCUGCUGCCCCUGCCACGGCUCGCAGUACGAUGAGAACGGCAAGGUGGUGCGAGGCCCCGCCCCGCUGUCCCUGGCGCUCGCCCACACCACCACCACGGAGGGCAAGAUCGCCCUGACCCCGUGGCCCGAGAAGGACUUCCGCACCGACCUGGACCCGUGGUGGAAGGUCUAG